AUGGCUGUGCUCGCCUCUUGUUAUCAGAUUUCUAUGGAUAAUAGCGCUGAAUUCUACACCACUUGUGAUGCACAGAUGAUGGGGGAUCUUCUGCAGUCCAACAGGAGCUUUCUUGAAGUUUCUUGGGGCCAGCAUGACCCUUCAGUCUGGACAGAUGGCUACUCUGCAGUCAUGGAAAAAAAUUAUACAUACUUUCCACCCACAGAAGAGCUUUACACCAUGCAGAGUGGAUCAAUACAAGGAGAAAGAAUAAGUCUAGACUCUUAUAGACCACUUUAUAUGCAGUCUAGAGAGCUCUGUAUGAGCUUCAAUGAGUUGGGGUUCACUUGCCAGUGGCUGGAAGCAUCAACAUAUGGGACAACCUGUAAGAAAACCUACUGCACAAUGAAGGAGCUCAUCUGCCAUCUGACGGCGGAGCAUGUUAAUGUGUCCGGAGAAUCCAAUUAUGUGUGUUUAUGGAACGAUUGCUCCCGUCAAAGGACUCCAUUUAAGGCCAAGUACAAACUGAUCAAUCAUUUAAGGGUCCACACGGGAGAAAAGCCCUUUCUCUGUUCCUUCGGAUGUGGGAAGGAGUUUGCCAGAGCGGAAAACUUGAAGAUUCAUGAAAGGACACAUACAGGUGAAAAACCUUUCAGAUGCCCUUUUGAGGCCUGUGAAAGGAGGUUUGCAAACAGCAGUGAUAAACAAAAGCACAUACGUGUUCAUGCACCUGGCAAACAAUAUAUGUGCAUGUGCUGCAAUAAGACAUACUCUCAUGCCAGCUCCCUCAGAAAACACACAAAGGUAAAUUACACUGCCUCUCUCCAGCCAGCAUACUGUUGUUCUGUUUUCAUUUUUUGACCACAUUUUCCAGCCU